AUGGAGGAAUCCUAUCUACAUCGGACACUCUGCGUCCUGGCGGUGAUCGUGUCGUUUGGCCGAGCGGUGGCAUCGUUUGACUGUCAAGGUGCUGCUGCUGCGGGUGCCUCUACGGUGCCGGCCAUUCAUGCCCUGCCCAACAGCUGUACGGGCUACGUCACCUGCAUCGGGUGGAUUCAAGUCGUGGCCCACUGUCCCGAGGGAUCCGUGUGGAGUGAUCCGGUGAAAAGUUGCGUCAAAAUGGCUUCGGCCGAAGUGCAGUGUGCAGGGAACAAGGUGGACCGAGUGAGACGAGAUAUUGAUAUUGAGACGAUGACGACGUGUGCCGAGACCUGUCCACAGUUUUUCGAUCCUCGCAAUCUAGUGCUCAUGCCCCACACGAUCUGCACCAAGUACAACCUGUGCGUACUGGGCCUGAAGUUGAGUGUCUCGUGUCCAAACGAUCUGCGUUUCAAUGUGGACAAGUGUGAGUGUGAUUUUAAAGAAAACGUGAGGUGCAGCGAUGAUGAAGUUUUGACAACCAGCGUACGUCCCACUCUGUCCACUGGCGGAGCGAGUUCGACGGAAACGGAACAACCCGCAACCGAGGCAACGACUGUUGAGGAAUCUACAGCCGAGCCGUCAACCGAAGAGCCAUCGACUCCUGAGGAAUCAUCAACUGUUGAGGAAUCAACAGUCGAGCCGUCAACCGAAGAGCCAUCGACUCCUGAGGAAUCAUCAACUGUUGAGGAAUCAAC